UUUUAAAUGGAAAGUUUCCAUGGAAUUCUCGGAACGAGCCAGUUGAUGAGUUGCCUUUGGUAACGAGACGAUCUGUGGUGGAUAAGUUGAUGGAAAUUCAACGGUUUCAGGAGGAAAUCGAAGUUACUAAAAAGGAAAUGUUCCAAUACCUUGAAUAUUACACCAAGAAAUGCCUUCCGGCACUUUAUAGCGAACUUGCAAAAUUGGAAAACCUGCUGCAAGGUAAAAGUCGCAGCCAAUGUGGUGGUGAACAGCCUGUUCUUGCGGUGGAAAGUGCUGUGUGUGUGGCAAAAACCUAUUCUACAAGCUCAGUCAAAAGGACCAUUGUCAGAGGAAAGCUUGCCUUGGUUAACGAAGGAAUUAACUUUGCCAUGCAACAAUUAAGGCUUGGAAUCCAAUCUUUCUUGCCAGUUCUCGGUUUACAAUUGUCUGGAUUCCAGGACAUAAUUGAGUCGCACAAUGACAAUACUAAGCAAUCCUAUGAAGAUGUGGAGGAUGAGCUGGAAAGAGAUACAAAUUUUGAUAUGGAUAGUGAAACCGACAGUGACACUGAUAACGACAAUGAGAGUAUCUAUUCCGAAUGGGAGUUUGACACCUAAGAUGGUCGAUACGUCCCUAAUUAUUCGUGCUUGUUGUAAAAUGUUAUAAUUCGUAAAGUUAUUUUCUUCGCUUU